UGGAGGUCCGGCGUCAUGCGGAGGGGCGAGCGCAGGGCCGCCGGGGGCUCGCGGUCCGAGUCUCCGCCGCCCGAGGGCCGCCGCAGCACCGAGUCCGAGGUCUACGACGACGGCACCAACACCUUCUUCUGGCGCGCCCACACCUUAACUGUGCUGUUCAUCCUCACCUGUGCACUGGGCUACGUGACCCUCCUGGAAGAAACGCCUCAGGACACAGCUUACAACACUAAGAGAGGUAUUGUGGCCAGUAUUUUGGUUUUCUUAUGUUUUGGAGUCACACAAGCCAAAGACGGGCCAUUUUCCAGACCUCAUCCAGCUUACUGGAGGUUUUGGCUCUGUGUGAGUGUGGUCUAUGAGCUGUUUCUCAUCUUCAUCCUCUUCCAGACUGUCCAGGAUGGCCGGCAGUUUCUGAAGUAUGUCGACCCCAGGUUGGGCGUCCCAUUGCCAGAGAGGGACUACGGGGGAAACUGCCUCAUCUACGAUGCAGACAACAAGACUGAUCCCUUCCACAACAUCUGGGACAAGCUCGAUGGCUUUGUUCCUGCACACUUCAUUGGCUGGUAUCUCAAGACCCUCAUGAUCCGUGACUGGUGGAUGUGCAUGAUCAUUAGCGUGAUGUUCGAGUUCCUGGAGUACAGCCUGGAGCACCAGCUGCCCAACUUCAGUGAAUGCUGGUGGGACCAUUGGAUAAUGGAUGUGCUUAUCUGCAAUGGUCUUGGCAUCUACUGUGGCAUGAAGACCCUGGAAUGGCUAUCCCUGAAGACGUACAAGUGGCAGGGCCUCUGGAACAUUCCAACAUACAAGGGCAAGAUAAAGAGGAUUGCCUUCCAGUUCACCCCCUACAGCUGGGUACGCUUUGAGUGGAAGCCCGCCUCCAGCCUGCACCGCUGGCUAGCUGUGUGUGGCAUCAUUCUGGUGUUCCUACUGGCAGAGCUGAACACGUUCUACCUGAAGUUUGUACUGUGGAUGCCCCCUGAACAUUACCUGGUCCUGCUGCGGCUGGUCUUCUUUGUGAACGUGGGUGGUGUGGCCAUGCGCGAGAUCUAUGACUUCAUGGAUGAACUGAAGCCCCACAGGAAGCUGGGCCAGCAGGCCUGGCUGGUGGCAGCCAUCACAGUCACCGAACUACUCAUCGUCGUGAAGUACGACCCCCACACACUCACCCUGUCGCUGCCCUUCUACAUCUCUCAGUGCUGGACUCUAGGCUCUGUCCUGGUGCUCACCUGGACCGUCUGGCGCUUCUUCCUGCGGGACAUCACCUUGAGGUACAAGGAGACCCGGCGACAAAAGCAGCAGAGUGACCAGAGCAGAGCUGCCAACAACGGGGAUGGGCACCCGGGGCUGGACGAUGACCUGCUUGGGGCCGGGACUGCAGAGGAGGAGGGAGCAGCCGACGAGGGGGCAGCAGCAUCUAGGAAGGAGGCGGCCUCAGCCACAUCAUGAACCCUUCCUCCCCACAGGCCUUGGCAAGCCCUCAGGACUGUCCCUUUUCUGUCCCAUGUUUGUGCUCCCUGCCUAAGGAAAACAGGAGAGAGCCCACUCCUCCCUCUCCCUGUGCACCUGAGUGCAGGUGCUGGUGGGUGUGCACAUGUGCCCUUGGCUCCUGGGGCUGUGAGCUGGCCAGUAGCUGGGACUAGCUCUAGAGUGAGGAUCCUGCCCUGUCUCUUUCCUGCACCCAACCUCUGCACAGCCCAGGAGAAACAUCUCAGUGCCCUUUCACUCGCUGUGGGGUAGGCAGAGGCCUCUUGAGACCCUCCAGCCCCCACCCACCUCCUGGCAGCAUAAAUGAAGGACGUCACACCAAGAUGGCUACAAAGUGGUGGGUCUGGAGACAGCACUGAGCCAUUUUCUCUGGAGCCUUUGUUCAACCCGGAUUCUAACUUGAAGAGUGUGUGGACAGAGGGAGGUCACCAGACUGGCCCCUCAAGGGGCAACAAGUCAGAGAUUCUAAGGCCUGGGGUCCUGUGCCCCACUACUAGGGUCAUGUUUCUGUGGCUCCCUGAGUUUAGGGACAUCUGCUGCGAGCAAACAGAACAAAUAAAAUGACAGUGAUAAAGUGA